AGUUAUUUUGACCUCUUAAAGCACUCAGGUAGCUUAAAGCUUCUCUAUUUGAACGCCUCAAGCGAUCAACUUAUGGUUAUUGCAUGCAUUUACAAUAUUCUAUGGACAUACUCACUUAGUGAGAUUACGGGGAAUGUCUCACAAGUUGAUAGAGUAUGGACCGUCUUACCAUUGUUGUAUACAGCCAUACCAACGUUUGAUUUAGCAAUAAAAACAUAUUUACAAGCACCCCAAUCUACGUCAUUAGUUGAUGUCUUGAAGAUAACUGUCAACCAAAGAGCACUACUGUUGCUAGCCUUACAGUUCAUAUGGUCAUCCAGGCUGACAUUCAAUACAGCGAGAAGAGGUCUCAUGGCAUUCGCUUCGGAGGACUACAGAUGGCCAAUUCUAAAAAAGAAGCUUAACUGGUGGCAAUUUAAGCUUCUUAAUCUUUUCUUUAUUGCAAUCGCUCAGAAUAUACUCCAUUUGUUAACUGGUUUGCCCGCUUUCGUGUUGACAAAGACACCUCAGUAUGAUAUCAACCGGAACGAUUAUUUUCUCUUCACGCUAGGUGUAAUGAACAUUUUCGGUGAAUUUAUCGCUGAUAACCAACAAUACGCAUAUCAAAGCUGGAAGCAUGCAGAAUCUACGAUAGUAGCUUAUAACAACGGUACACUCACAAAGGAGGAGAAAAAAAAGUACACCGAUGGAUUCAAUACUUCUGGAUUAUUUGCGGUUUCAAGACAUCCAAAUUUUGCCUUCGAACAGACCAACUGGUGGAUAUGGGCAUUAUUGGUUGUACUAGGUAGUAAACAACCAGCUGAAGAGAUUUUAAGUACCUUCAUUUCACCUAUUUCUAUGUCACUUUUGUUCGAAUGUUCAACAAGGUUCACGGAGAGUAUAACUUCAUCCAAGUAUCCAAACUACAAAAACUAUAAGAAAAAAGUCGCAAUGUUCAUCCCGCAGUUUACUUUAUUAAAGAAUAUUUGUAAUAUCUGAAUGUAAUAUACGUCCAU